UCAGUGUGUAGACCAGCGCGUAUCUUUCAGAAGAAGUCAUGCUUAUGCAUUUCUACAUCUGUUGGGUGUGUCCUGGCCAUACUACUCUUGUUCACUAUUCUAACUCCACAAGAGUCUGGAAGGAGACCUGCACCUCAUGAUCUGAGGAUUUUGCUGGUGGGAAAGACUGGAGCAGGAAAGAGUGCAACCGGAAACACCAUCCUGGGGAGAGAGGUGUUUAAAGAGGGGUUUUCCCCUGAAUCUGUCACCUUAAAGUGUGAGGAACAUAGUGGAGAGGUGGCAGGGAGACAUGUUACUGUGAUCGACACACCUGGGAUCUUCCAUACAUCUCGUUCUUUUGAUCAAAUCACGCAUGAAAUGGUAGAAAGCAAGAGCCACUUUUUCCUGCUAGUGAUCAGACUGGGGAGGUUCACAGAGGAAGAGAGGGCCACUCUAAAAUGGAUCCAGGACAAUUUAGGAGAAGAGGCUUUGCAGUGCACAAUGGUGCUUUUCACGGGAGGAGAUGAGCUGAGAUCACCAGUGGAGGAGUUUCUGAGUGAAGGCAGCGGUCUUCAGGAGCUCAUCCACAGCUGCGGUGGUGGAUAUUACGUCUUCAACAACAGAGACAGAAAGAACCGCACUCAGGUUGCAGCACUGCUGGAGAAGAUUGACACUGUGCUGUUUAAUAUGACUGGAUUCCAUCAUGCCACUACGAGGAUCCAACAGGUUCAAAGAAUGAUACAAACAGAGGAGGAGAGAAAGAGGGAGGAGUCUGAGAAAGAGAUCAGAGAAGAGGAGGAGAGAAAGAGGGAGGAGUCUGAGAGAGAGAUCAGAGCAGAGGAGGAGAGAAAGAGGGAGGAGUCUGAGAGAGAGAUCAGAGCAGAGGAGGAGAGAAAGAGGCAGGAGUCUGGAAGGAGACCUGCACCUCAUGAUCUGAGGAUUGUGCUGGUGGGAAAGACUGGAGUAGGAAAGAGUGCAACCGGAAACACCAUCCUGGGGAGAGAGGUGUUUAAAGAGGGAGUUUCCCCUGAAUCUGUCACCUUAACGUGUGAGGAACAUAGUGGAGAGGUGGCAGGGAGACAUGUUACUGUGAUCGACACACCUGGGAUCUUUCAUACAUCUCCUUCUUUUGAUCAAAUCACACGUGAAAUGGGAGAAAGCAAGAGCCACUUUUUCCUGCUAGUGAUCAGACUGGGGAGGUUCACAGAGGAAGAGAGGGCCACUCUAAAAUGGAUCCAGGAGAAUUUAGGAGAAGAGGCUUUGCAGUACACAAUGGUGCUUUUCACAGGAGGAGAUGAGCUGAGAUCACCAGUGGAGGAGUUUCUGAGUGAAGGCAGUGGUCAUCAAGAGCUCAUCCACAGCUGCGGUGGUGGAUAUUACGUCUUCAACAACAGAGACAGAAAGAACCGCACUCAGGUUACAGCACUGCUGGAGAAGAUUGACACUGUGCUGUUUAGUAUGACAGGAUACCAUCAUGCCAUUACGAGUAUCCAACAGGUUCAAAGAAUGAUACAAACAGAGGAGGAGAGAAAGAGGGAGGAGAUUGAGAGAGAGAUCAGAGAAGAGGAGGAGAGAAAGAGGGAGGAGUCUGAGAGAGAGAUCAGAGCAGAGGAGGAGAGAAAGAGGGAGGAGUCUGAGAGAGAGAUCAGAGCAGAGGAGGAGAGAAAGAGGCAGGAGUCUGGAAGGAGACCUGCACCUCAUGAUCUGAGGAUUGUGCUGGUGGGAAAGACUGGAGUAGGAAAGAGUGCAACCGGAAACACCAUCCUGGGGAGAGAGGUGUUUAAAGAGGGAGUUUCCCCUGAAUCUGUCACCUUAACGUGUGAGGAACAUAGUGGAGAGGUGGCAGGGAGACAUGUUACUGUGAUCGACACACCUGGGAUCUUUCAUACAUCUCCUUCUUUUGAUCAAAUCACACGUGAAAUGGGAGAAAGCAAGAGCCACUUUUUCCUGCUAGUGAUCAGACUGGGGAGGUUCACAGAGGAAGAGAGGGCCACUCUAAAAUGGAUCCAGGAGAAUUUAGGAGAAGAGGCUUUGCAGUACACAAUGGUGCUUUUCACAGGAGGAGAUGAGCUGAGAUCACCAGUGGAGGAGUUUCUGAGUGAAGGCAGUGGUCAUCAAGAGCUCAUCCACAGCUGCGGUGGUGGAUAUUACGUCUUCAACAACAGAGACAGAAAGAACCGCACUCAGGUUACAGCACUGCUGGAGAAGAUUGACACUGUGCUGUUUAGUAUGACAGGAUACCAUCAUGCCAUUACGAGUAUCCAACAGGUUCAAAGAAUGAUACAAACAGAGGAGGAGAGAAAGAGGGAGGAGAUUGAGAGAGAGAUCAGAGAAGAGGAGGAGAGAAAGAGGGAGGAGUCUGAGAGAGAGAUCAGAGCAGAGGAGGAGAGAAAGAGGGAGGAGUCUGAGAGAGAGAUCAGAGCAGAGGAGGAGAGAAAGAGGCAGGAGUCUGGAAGGAGACCUGCACCUCAUGAUCUGAGGAUUGUGCUGGUGGGAAAGACUGGAGUAGGAAAGAGUGCAACCGGAAACACCAUCCUGGGGAGAGAGGUGUUUAAAGAGGGAGUUUCCCCUGAAUCUGUCACCUUAACGUGUGAGGAACAUAGUGGAGAGGUGGCAGGGAGACAUGUUACUGUGAUCGACACACCUGGGAUCUUUCAUACAUCUCCUUCUUUUGAUCAAAUCACACGUGAAAUGGGAGAAAGCAAGAGCCACUUUUUCCUGCUAGUGAUCAGACUGGGGAGGUUCACAGAGGAAGAGAGGGCCACUCUAAAAUGGAUCCAGGAGAAUUUAGGAGAAGAGGCUUUGCAGUACACAAUGGUGCUUUUCACAGGAGGAGAUGAGCUGAGAUCACCAGUGGAGGAGUUUCUGAGUGAAGGCAGUGGUCAUCAAGAGCUCAUCCACAGCUGCGGUGGUGGAUAUUACGUCUUCAACAACAGAGACAGAAAGAACCGCACUCAGGUUACAGCACUGCUGGAGAAGAUUGACACUGUGCUGUUUAGUAUGACAGGAUACCAUCAUGCCAUUACGAGUAUCCAACAGGUUCAAAGAAUGAUACAAACAGAGGAGGAGAGAAAGAGGGAGGAGAUUGAGAGAGAGAUCAGAGAAGAGGAGGAGAGAAAGAGGGAGGAGUCUGAGAGAGAGAUCAGAGCAGAGGAGGAGAGAAAGAGGGAGGAGUCUGAGAGAGAGAUCAGAGCAGAGGAGGAGAGAAAGAGGCAGGAGUCUGGAAGGAGACCUGCACCUCAUGAUCUGAGGAUUGCGCUGGUGGGAAAGACUGGAGUAGGAAAGAGUGCAACCGGAAACACCAUCCUGGGGAGAGAGGUGUUUAAAGAGGGAGUUUCCCCUGAAUCUGUCACCUUAACGUGUGAGGAACAUAGUGGAGAGGUGGCAGGGAGACAUGUUACUGUGAUCGACACACCUGGGAUCUUUCAUACAUCUCCUUCUUUUGAUCAAAUCACACGUGAAAUGGGAGAAAGCAAGAGCCACUUUUUCCUGCUAGUGAUCAGACUGGGGAGGUUCACAGAGGAAGAGAGGGCCACUCUAAAAUGGAUCCAGGAGAAUUUAGGAGAAGAGGCUUUGCAGUACACAAUGGUGCUUUUCACAGGAGGAGAUGAGCUGAGAUCACCAGUGGAGGAGUUUCUGAGUGAAGGCAGUGGUCAUCAAGAGCUCAUCCACAGCUGCGGUGGUGGAUAUUACGUCUUCAACAACAGAGACAGAAAGAACCGCACUCAGGUUACAGCACUGCUGGAGAAGAUUGACACUGUGCUGUUUAGUAUGACAGGAUACCAUCAUGCCAUUACGAGUAUCCAACAGGUUCAAAGAAUGAUACAAACAGAGGAGGAGAGAAAGAGGGAGGAGAUUGAGAGAGAGAUCAGAGAAGAGGAGGAGAGAAAGAGGGAGGAGUCUGAGAGAGAGAUCAGAGCAGAGGAGGAGAGAAAGAGGCAGGAGUCUGGAAGGAGACCUGCACCUCAUGAUCUGAGGAUUGUGCUGGUGGGAAAGACUGGAGUAGGAAAGAGUGCAACCGGAAACACCAUCCUGGGGAGAGAGGUGUUUAAAGAGGGAGUUUCCCCUGAAUCUGUCACCUUAACGUGUGAGGAACAUAGUGGAGAGGUGGCAGGGAGACAUGUUACUGUGAUCGACACACCUGGGAUCUUUCAUACAUCUCCUUCUUUUGAUCAAAUCACACGUGAAAUGGGAGAAAGCAAGAGCCACUUUUUCCUGCUAGUGAUUAGACUGGGGAGGUUCACAGAGGAAGAGAGGGCCACUCUAAAAUGGAUCCAGGAGAAUUUAGGAGAAGAGGCUUUGCAGUACACAAUGGUGCUUUUCACAGGAGGAGAUGAGCUGAGAUCACCAGUGGAGGAGUUUCUGAGUGAAGGCAGUGGUCAUCAAGAGCUCAUCCACAGCUGCGGUGGUGGAUAUUACGUCUUCAACAACAGAGACAGAAAGAACCGCACUCAGGUUACAGCACUGCUGGAGAAGAUUGACACUGUGCUGUUUAGUAUGACAGGAUACCAUCAUGCCAUUACGAGUAUCCAACAGGUUCAAAGAAUGAUACAAACAGAGGAGGAGAGAAAGAGGGAGGAGAUUGAGAGAGAGAUCAGAGAAGAGGAGGAGAGAAAGAGGGAGGAGUCUGAGAGAGAGAUCAGAGCAGAGGAGGAGAGAAAGAGGGAGGAGUCUGAGAGAGAGAUCAGAGCAGAGGAGGAGAGAAAGAGGCAGGAGUCUGGAAGGAGACCUGCACCUCAUGAUCUGAGGAUUGUGCUGGUGGGAAAGACUGGAGUAGGAAAGAGUGCAACCGGAAACACCAUCCUGGGGAGAGAGGUGUUUAAAGAGGGAGUUUCCCCUGAAUCUGUCACCUUAACGUGUGAGGAACAUAGUGGAGAGGUGGCAGGGAGACAUGUUACUGUGAUCGACACACCUGGGAUCUUUCAUACAUCUCCUUCUUUUGAUCAAAUCACACGUGAAAUGGGAGAAAGCAAGAGCCACUUUUUCCUGCUAGUGAUCAGACUGGGGAGGUUCACAGAGGAAGAGAGGGCCACUCUAAAAUGGAUCCAGGAGAAUUUAGGAGAAGAGGCUUUGCAGUACACAAUGGUGCUUUUCACAGGAGGAGAUGAGCUGAGAUCACCAGUGGAGGAGUUUCUGAGUGAAGGCAGUGGUCAUCAAGAGCUCAUCCACAGCUGCGGUGGUGGAUAUUACGUCUUCAACAACAGAGACAGAAAGAACCGCACUCAGGUUACAGCACUGCUGGAGAAGAUUGACACUGUGCUGUUUAGUAUGACAGGAUACCAUCAUGCCAUUACGAGUAUCCAACAGGUUCAAAGAAUGAUACAAACAGAGGAGGAGAGAAAGAGGGAGGAGAUUGAGAGAGAGAUCAGAGAAGAGGAGGAGAGAAAGAGGGAGGAGUCUGAGAGAGAGAUCAGAGCAGAGGAGGAGAGAAAGAGGGAGGAGUCUGAGAGAGAGAUCAGAGCAGAGGAGGAGAGAAAGAGGCAGGAGUCUGGAAGGAGACCUGCACCUCAUGAUCUGAGGAUUGUGCUGGUGGGAAAGACUGGAGUAGGAAAGAGUGCAACCGGAAACACCAUCCUGGGGAGAGAGGUGUUUAAAGAGGGAGUUUCCCCUGAAUCUGUCACCUUAACGUGUGAGGAACAUAGUGGAGAGGUGGCAGGGAGACAUGUUACUGUGAUCGACACACCUGGGAUCUUUCAUACAUCUCCUUCUUUUGAUCAAAUCACACGUGAAAUGGGAGAAAGCAAGAGCCACUUUUUCCUGCUAGUGAUCAGACUGGGGAGGUUCACAGAGGAAGAGAGGGCCACUCUAAAAUGGAUCCAGGAGAAUUUAGGAGAAGAGGCUUUGCAGUCCACAAUGGUGCUUUUCACAGGAGGAGAUGAGCUGAGAUCACCAGUGGAGGAGUUUCUGAGUGAAGGCAGUGGUCAUCAAGAGCUCAUCCACAGCUGCGGUGGUGGAUAUUACGUCUUCAACAACAGAGACAGAAAGAACCGCACUCAGGUUACAGCACUGCUGGAGAAGAUUGACACUGUGCUGUUUAGUAUGACAGGAUACCAUCAUGCCAUUACGAGUAUCCAACAGGUUCAAAGAAUGAUACAAACAGAGGAGGAGAGAAAGAGGGAGGAGAUUGAGAGAGAGAUCAGAGAAGAGGAGGAGAGAAAGAGGGAGGAGUCUGAGAGAGAGAUCAGAGCAGAGGAGGAGAGAAAGAGGGAGGAGUCUGAGAGAGAGAUCAGAGCAGAGGAGGAGAGAAAGAGGCAGGAGUCUGGAAGGAGACCUGCACCUCAUGAUCUGAGGAUUGUGCUGGUGGGAAAGACUGGAGUAGGAAAGAGUGCAACCGGAAACACCAUCCUGGGGAGAGAGGUGUUUAAAGAGGGAGUUUCCCCUGAAUCUGUCACCUUAACGUGUGAGGAACAUAGUGGAGAGGUGGCAGGGAGACAUGUUACUGUGAUCGACACACCUGGGAUCUUUCAUACAUCUCCUUCUUUUGAUCAAAUCACACGUGAAAUGGGAGAAAGCAAGAGCCACUUUUUCCUGCUAGUGAUCAGACUGGGGAGGUUCACAGAGGAAGAGAGGGCCACUCUAAAAUGGAUCCAGGAGAAUUUAGGAGAAGAGGCUUUGCAGUACACAAUGGUGCUUUUCACAGGAGGAGAUGAGCUGAGAUCACCAGUGGAGGAGUUUCUGAGUGAAGGCAGUGGUCAUCAAGAGCUCAUCCACAGCUGCGGUGGUGGAUAUUACGUCUUCAACAACAGAGACAGAAAGAACCGCACUCAGGUUACAGCACUGCUGGAGAAGAUUGACACUGUGCUGUUUAGUAUGACAGGAUACCAUCAUGCCAUUACGAGUAUCCAACAGGUUCAAAGAAUGAUACAAACAGAGGAGGAGAGAAAGAGGGAGGAGAUUGAGAGAGAGAUCAGAGAAGAGGAGGAGAGAAAGAGGGAGGAGUCUGAGAGAGAGAUCAGAGCAGAGGAGGAGAGAAAGAGGGAGGAGUCUGAGAGAGAGAUCAGAGCAGAGGAGGAGAGAAAGAGGCAGGAGUCUGGAAGGAGACCUGCACCUCAUGAUCUGAGGAUUGUGCUGGUGGGAAAGACUGGAGUAGGAAAGAGUGCAACCGGAAACACCAUCCUGGGGAGAGAGGUGUUUAAAGAGGGAGUUUCCCCUGAAUCUGUCACCUUAACGUGUGAGGAACAUAGUGGAGAGGUGGCAGGGAGACAUGUUACUGUGAUCGACACACCUGGGAUCUUUCAUACAUCUCCUUCUUUUGAUCAAAUCACACGUGAAAUGGGAGAAAGCAAGAGCCACUUUUUCCUGCUAGUGAUCAGACUGGGGAGGUUCACAGAGGAAGAGAGGGCCACUCUAAAAUGGAUCCAGGAGAAUUUAGGAGAAGAGGCUUUGCAGUACACAAUGGUGCUUUUCACAGGAGGAGAUGAGCUGAGAUCACCAGUGGAGGAGUUUCUGAGUGAAGGCAGUGGUCAUCAAGAGCUCAUCCACAGCUGCGGUGGUGGAUAUUACGUCUUCAACAACAGAGACAGAAAGAACCGCACUCAGGUUACAGCACUGCUGGAGAAGAUUGACACUGUGCUGUUUAGUAUGACAGGAUACCAUCAUGCCAUUACGAGUAUCCAACAGGUUCAAAGAAUGAUACAAACAGAGGAGGAGAGAAAGAGGGAGGAGAUUGAGAGAGAGAUCAGAGAAGAGGAGGAGAGAAAGAGGGAGGAGUCUGAGAGAGAGAUCAGAGCAGAGGAGGAGAGAAAGAGGGAGGAGUCUGAGAGAGAGAUCAGAGCAGAGGAGGAGAGAAAGAGGCAGGAGUCUGGAAGGAGACCUGCACCUCAUGAUCUGAGGAUUGUGCUGGUGGGAAAGACUGGAGUAGGAAAGAGUGCAACCGGAAACACCAUCCUGGGGAGAGAGGUGUUUAAAGAGGGAGUUUCCCCUGAAUCUGUCACCUUAACGUGUGAGGAACAUAGUGGAGAGGUGGCAGGGAGACAUGUUACUGUGAUCGACACACCUGGGAUCUUUCAUACAUCUCCUUCUUUUGAUCAAAUCACACGUGAAAUGGGAGAAAGCAAGAGCCACUUUUUCCUGCUAGUGAUCAGACUGGGGAGGUUCACAGAGGAAGAGAGGGCCACUCUAAAAUGGAUCCAGGAGAAUUUAGGAGAAGAGGCUUUGCAGUCCACAAUGGUGCUUUUCACAGGAGGAGAUGAGCUGAGAUCACCAGUGGAGGAGUUUCUGAGUGAAGGCAGUGGUCAUCAAGAGCUCAUCCACAGCUGCGGUGGUGGAUAUUACGUCUUCAACAACAGAGACAGAAAGAACCGCACUCAGGUUACAGCACUGCUGGAGAAGAUUGACACUGUGCUGUUUAGUAUGACAGGAUACCAUCAUGCCAUUACGAGUAUCCAACAGGUUCAAAGAAUGAUACAAACAGAGGAGGAGAGAAAGAGGGAGGAGAUUGAGAGAGAGAUCAGAGAAGAGGAGGAGAGAAAGAGGGAGGACAUUGAGAGGAAGAUCAGAGCAGAGGAGGAGAGAAGGAGGGAGGACAUUGAGAGGAAGAUCAGAGCAGAGGAGGAGAGAAUCGGGAAGGAGAUUAGUAAUUUCAGGGUAGCAACUGGAAUAUUUAUUGCUGCUGUAGCAGUAGUGGCAUUUGGACAAAUCCAAAAAACAAAAGCAGAGGAGGAGAGAAAGAGGGAGGAGUCUGAGAGAGAGAUCAGAGCAGAGGAGGAGAAAAAGAGAGAGGAGUCUGAGAGAGAGAUCAGAGCAGAGGAGGAGAGAAAGAGGGAGGAGUCUGAGAGAGAGAUCAGAGCAGAGGAGGAGAGAAAGAGGGAGGAGAUUGAGAGAGAGAUCAGAGUAGAGGAGAAGAGAAAGAGGGAGGAGUCUGAGAGAGAGAUCAGAGUAGAGGAGGAGAGAAAGAGGGAGGAGAUUGAGAGAGAGAUCAGAGUAGAGGAGAAGAGAAAGAGGGAGGAGUCUGAGAGAGAGAUCAGAGUAGAGGAGGAGAGAAAGUGGGAGGAGAUUGAGAGAGCGAUCAGAACAGUGAAGGGGAGAAGGUUUGCCCAGGUGAGACCUCUGCGCCGACAGCCUUCUAUACCUAGUAGUAUAUCGCUGUUCAGUGAGGCAGCAAAGAAGAAAAUGGACGCAGAGCUAGACUAUAGCUAGCUCCUCCCAACAGUGUCAGUAGAGUGCUGAAACCUGUGCCACUCCUUGUAGGCAGCUGAAGCUAAUCUUACUGGCUCUUGCCACCUCCUCAGUUAUCUUGUGUUUGGUUAUAUUCUCUUGGUUUGACGGGCUACAACACAUGACAGAACAUAUUACACUCAUUCCACUACUGAUCGUACUGACUUACACACCUCAUAUCUUUUUGUAUUUGUAAAAAGAAGGCCUUUUCUGCCAGGCUUAAUUACUGUAAUGAACAUGUAAAUGAAAAAUUACUACAAAUAUCAGUUGUAAGGGUAAUUUUCUUAAUUGAUUCUUAAUUGACAAUGUGUGUUAACAUGAAGACAAUCACGUGGUUAAAAAUAACCUUUUAUUUUUAAUCCUUAUUACUAUGAGACCACUUUCUGAAUGAAUACCAGGAGUCUUUCUCUGUCUCUCUCCUAGCAGACAGACAGCCUUUGACCUUAAUAUCUCUGCUUCUCAGCUAGCACAUUCCGGUCUUACAGCAAGGUCAACAAGGGGGUUUCAGAAGACUUCAUGCUUCAUGUCUUUUUGUUUUGUUUUGUUUUGUUUUCCUUCUGGAAAAGUGUGUAUAAGAGUCUUACGAUGUCUGAUUCAAAUCUCACUUUCAGUUAUUUCUUUGCAAAUAAAUACGAAAGUUAAACUCAA